AUGGAAAAGAUCAAGGAUCCAUCAAUUUAUCGCAAUCCAGUCAUACUGCAAAGCGAGGACUUAACCAAGUAUAUACUGGAAACAGCUGUUUACCCUAGAGAACCUGAGGCCCUGAAAGAGCUGAGGGAAGCCAAUAAUAAUCACCCAUGGGGCUUCAUUGCUACUUUACCAGAUGCUGGUCAGCUAAUGAGCUUACUGUUAAAGUUGUUGAAUCCCAAAAAGACCAUUGAAGUGGGAGUGUUUACGGGUUACUCCCUUCUUCUCACAGCACUCAACAUUCCUCAUGAUGGAAAGAUUACAGCUAUAGAUAUUGACAGGAAAGCUUAUGACAUUGGAUUACCAGUCAUAAGAAAGGCUGGAGUUGAGCACAAGAUUGAUUUCAUAGAAUCGCCAGCUCUACCAAUUUUGGAUAAACUACUUGAAGAUCCUGCAAAUGAAGGAUCUUUUGACUUUGCAUUCAUUGAUGCUGACAAAGAGAACUAUGUGAACUACCAUGAGAGGCUUAUAAAACUGAUCAAGAUUGGUGGUUUACUUGUAUAUGACAACACCCUGUGGGGUGGGCGUGUUUCCUGGCCGGAAGAAAAAGUUCCACCACACACCAGAUCAGGGAGGAAUGCAGCAAUUGAAUUCAACAAAACAAUCACAAACGAUUCUCGCGUUGAGUUUGCUCUUACUUCUGUAGGAGAUGGUCUCAAUAUUUGUAGGCGUGUUGCUUGA